AGAGAUAUCACAUUGCUUAAACAUGGUGAACUUGGUGACAGUUGCUUUGUCAUUGAUUAGUUGGACAAUGAAGAUGACUGGUAUGAAGCCUUACACGGUGGAGAUAGAGCCCGGUACAGUUAUGAAAUUUUGGGUUCCAUCUGAAACCAUUUCAACGCCCAAACCCAAACUCAAGCACAUUUCAAAACCUACCAAGCCAGUAGUGGUUCUUCUUCACGGCUUCGCUGGGGACGGACUUGUUACUUGGGGGUUCCAAAUCAACACUUUAGCUAAAAAGUACGCCGUUUACGUGCCCGACCUAAUUUUCUUUGGCGGCUCCACGACCGACAAGCCCAACCGGUCACCGACUUUUCAAGCUGAGUGUUUGGUUGUGGGGUUAAAGAAACUCGGGGUGGAGAAAUGUGUUUUGGUUGGAUUCAGUUAUGGUGGAAUGAUUGCGUUUAAAAUGGCUGAACUUUACGGUGAGUUUGUUCAAGCUGUGGUUGUAACUGGCGCCGUUUUGGCUAUACAAGAGUCUUUGAUUAGUAGGGCAGUGGAAGAUAAUGGAUUCUCUUCUUGUUCUGAAGCAUUGUUGCCAUCUUCUACCGAGGGAUUGAAUGCACUUCUCUCUCUUGGUGUAUACAGAAACAUUUGGUUUCCCAACUGUAUGCUCAAUGAUUUUCUUAAGGUGAUGUUCUCGAAUAGGAAGGAGCGAAGUGAGCUAUUAGAGGACUUGGUCAUUAGCUACAAAGAUAUCAAUAUUCCAAAAUUUUCCCAGCGAAUCCAUCUUUUAUGGGGUGAUAAAGAUAAAAUUUUCAAAUCCGAGGUUGCAGAAAACAUUAAAGAGACGCUAGGAAGUAAUGCAACAUUUGAAGUAAUAAAGAAGGCUGGUCACUUGGCUCAUUUGGAACGACCAUGCAUUUACAAUAGGUGCCUAAAGAAGUUUCUUUCUUCCAUUACACUUCAUGAAAACAAUUUAUCCAAUUCACAUCUAUGA